AUGCCCCCCAGCGUCCCCGCCCACCGACCCCUUGAGAGGAUUCCCGAGUUCGCGCCGCGCCCUGCACUCCUGCUGGGGCCACCAAGGCCACCCCCCGCCCGUCGCUGCCGCCGCCCCUGGUUCGUGUGCGAUGCGUUGGGCAUCGUGUGCGCCACCAGCACUUGGGGGCUGGUGCUGGGCGCCGCAGGCACCUUGCUCUCGGAGCUGCUCAUCCCGUCACGGGACGUGGUCUACGCCGCGGCCAACGGUGCCCUCUUCUACCUGCUGGCCUUCCUAGGGCUUGCGGCCCACGCGCGGACCAUGUUCACCGACCCCGGCUCGGUGCCUCUGGACAACACGUCCCGGGCCUGCGCUUCCCGCUGCCCACGCUGCGGCAGCGCCCGCCCCCCACGAGCGCACCACUGCACCGUGUGCGGGCGCUGCAUCCGCAAGAUGGACCACCACUGCCCCUGGGUCAACAACUGCGUGGGCGAGGACAACCAGAAGUACUUCGUCCUCUUCACGCUCUACCUGGCGCUCGCCUCGCUGCACGUGCUGUUGCUGCUCGCAGUGCCAGCCUGGCGCAGCUACGCCCGCGGCGAGUGGGACACCACCAGCACCGUGUCGCCCCGCGGGUCCGUCAUCUUCCUCUUCCUGGUCAGUCUAAAGGGCUUCAUCUUCACCUCCGUGAUGUUCACGACCCAGAUGCGAGCCAUCUGCACCGACCAGACGAGAAUUGAGGUGCUGCAGAGGGCGCGAGCCCGGUGGGAAAAAGGCAGCAGGGGCAGGAACUUGAAGGCCGUCUUCGGUCACCGCAUCUCAUUAGCCUGGAUCAACCCCUUCGCUUCUGAGGAGCAUCAGAAAUUGGAUGAGCACCACAACGUGGUCUGA